ACCACAACAAAGCAACCAACGAUUUUUAUGCUGUGAAGAAGCCUCUCCCGUUUGCUCUCGAAAAUUCUUGAAAUUUGUGUGAAAAACUAAUUAAAGUGAAAUAAAAAGUGCUUUCCCGUUGACGGCAGCGAUGUAUUUUGCGAAAGUUAUUAAAGUUUAGUGCGUGAAGCGGGUAUUUUUGCGUGAAUUUGCGAUUUUACGGUGAGCUUGAAAAUGGCUAAAAAGUCUAAGAAAAAAGCGCCUGCCAAGGCGAAACCGGUGAAGGCACCGGCGAAGCCGGUUCCAGUGGAGGUGGCCCCACCGCGAGUCAGCUUCCGGCCAGCAAAGCCAACGACCCGUAAAAGUUCCGUGAUUAUGCUGUCCAGCGCGGAAAACAGUUUGUGCAGCGAACCGUCGCUAAUCCUGAACGAACCCUCGAUCAGCAUCAUCGACCUGGCGCGGCCCUCCACCCGAAUGAGCAUGGAGAUGGACAUGACCGAUCUUUCCGAUCCCCGGUUCAGCACGCGCUCCCCGGCCGGAGACGACACGGAUUUGAGCUUGACGAAUAUUGUUCAAACGCCGGGAGUUUACCGGGAGCGGCCCAAGUCUUCGUGGGUGAUGCGCAGAACCCGGAGUAAAUCUAUGGUAGCGGCGCCAACGGUGCUGGAGGAUGUUCCCGAGGAGGUUGAGGAAAGAUUGAGUCGGAAUCGUGCCACACAAUCCGGGGAAUUUUCGAAGGUUACGAGACGUGCUCGCAGUGUUCGCCCUCCGGCUAGAUAUUUGGAGAGCAUCGACGAGAAUGCCGUUACGAAGAGAGCUAAAAAUUCUAGGAUGAAGACGGUUGUGGAGCAAGCGGUUGAAUCGAGUCUACCGAUGGUCACGCCGGCAAAGGUGACGACCAGAAGGCGAAAUGUUGCAAAGGAAAAGGUUCCGGAAGAGGUCCCAAUCGAGCCGGAGGUCACGCAAAGUUCAUCUGUUUCUACGAGAAGGCGAAACAAGCCGGUUCAACCGGAUGAAAACCAUAACCAUUCGGAGAAGGAACCGGAACAAGCUGCCACAUCAGUUUUCCAGACGACAUCCGAGGAGGAGUCUAACAAAUCUCUUGAAACCGUUUCAAUGGUUUCGGUUCGGCGACGUCGUGCAAUCGAGCGUCCCCCGUCGCCGGAGUAUCCUCCGGAAGAACCUGUGUUCACACAAGAACCAGAGCCAGUUGAGAGACUUCCUUCGCCGGAGUAUCCUCCGGAAGAACCGGCAUUCACACAAGAACCAGAACCUGUACCAGUAGUUCGUUCCAGAGGACGUCAACGUCGUGCAGUUGAGAGAAUUUCUUCGCCGGAGCCCAAUCCUGUUGUUGCGCCUCGUCCCCGUACAAGAUCUGCAUCUCGAGAACGUCAACCAAUCCUUCUGCAAGCCCCAGAAAGUGCCAGCCGGCCCAAACGAGCCACCAAAAAAGUCUCCAAAUGUCCCUGCUGCGUCAACGGACAAACUCACCAAGAAUCGACGUCGCCAGCACCGACAACGAAAGCACGCGGACGUUCCCGGACGCGUUCCGAACAACCCCCUGCCGCGCAAGAGAAGCCCGCGCCCAAAAUUCGCGCCGCCCGAAGCAAGUCCGUCAUGCGAGAACCGGCUCCCAAAACUCCCCCAGCGCGAAGCAAAUCGGUCUCGCGUGAAUCGUUAAGCCAUGUUCCGGUCUAUCGGCAACAACUCGAUGCUCCGGUCGAGCCUGCAGCGGUUACCGCCGCGAAGAAGCAAUCCGCCGACCAGGACGUGUACGCGUUUGAUUCGCCCGGACUGCUUGGAGUUGAUUCGGGAUCGGACACUGGAAAGAGGAAGCGAAAGGGAGCGGGAAGUUCCACGACUAAGAAGAAGCCGCGGCUGGGGAGUUCAAUUUCUUCCCGGGGGAAGCGGGUUACGCCGGCGAAGAAGACGGCCAUUUUCGGCACCGAUAUGCACCGGAUUGGGCGCGUGGUGCAGAAGAUCGGGGGAGGUCCGGUGAAGCAGCCGACGGAGCCCAUGCAAACCGUCAAUCUCGACCCGCUGCCACCAGUUUCCCACUCCCGGCCGGCUUCCCCAGUAGUCUCGAACUACGACCCGGUCGAUGCCCGCGACGAUAAUGACCAAAUCGAGCAACCCGUCAUCAUUCCGCCCUCACCGCCGCGUCCGCAAGUCCCGCCGAGCAAAGUGAAUCCCUUCAUCGAGCGUGUCCUGCAGCAGCGUCCGCUCGAUCCGGCGGCCAGCCCAGACCGUUCGCAGCCGCCGAACGUGACGCUCGGAUUCUCCCCCCUGGGGGCGUCCUCGCCGUGGCGAGUUCAAAACGAGAACGUCCUGCCGCGAACGUUCUACUUUUCCCGCUCGAAGGAUCUGCUGCCGUCGUACGAGAGCGACGUCGUCGUGCGGGACGAAAAUGUGCGCCCGAAGACGCCGGUUGCGGAGCCGCAGGUUUCGCCGGUCAAGCCCGCGGCGGUCGCUCCGAUAACCGGAGCCAAGGCCGAUGCCAUGUUCCGCGGGAUUCAACAGUCGUACGAGCAGCUCAAAGUGACCAGUGAAAUGAGCAACAAGCUGAUAACGGCCAUGCGCAAGUACAAGACGACGGUGCAUAACCAGUCGGUGGCGUCCAUUUCGGCGAGUGGCGAGUUGCCAGAAGACGAGCGACUCAUUGCCAAGUUCCACGAGUACGAAGCGAACAUGAAGAAGACCUACCAGAAGUUGAAGCAGUGGUACGAGCGAUCCCAGCAGCAGCUGACGCACUCCAUCAAGACGAUCGAGCAGGUUUCGGCGGUCCCGAAAACGCUGGCCCAGCGACAGGUUCUCGACAACUUCCGGCGCGACUCGAAGGUGUUUCUCACCAUGAUCAACGAGCUCGAAUCCGCUAUGAACGACUCCAACGUGGAGAACGUAUCACCGAGGAAGGUGGCACCGUCCGACAAACCCGCCUUUAAAGACGUCGUUAUUCUGACGGAACGAAACUUGGCCAACCGCAAUCGAAGUCCGCUGAAAACGUUGGAAAUCGCCAACAUCCCAGCGAGGUUCUCACCGAUCAAGUCCCCCCUCGUACGAAGUUCGUUCUCGGCGUUCGCGGCCAGCAAGAAUUUAAACAAACCUGCCGUCGCAGCACCAGCAAGUGCAAUCGAAAUCGCCGACACCUUCGCAGAACCGUCGAUCGCUCCCACUGAAGAGCAACAUCCCAAGAAGGACUUGUUCGGAUUCGAAACGGACGACGCCGAAGAGGCAAGUGACCCGGCCCCUUCAGCGGCCACCCCCAUCAAAAUCACCAAGAAAACGCUCAAAGAACGACUCGAAAGCGUUCGCAAAAUGCUACCCCCGAGACCGCCCAGUCGCGGAGCGUUUUCAACUGCGUCGCUGACUCGCCGGGAACCCCGCAUGCCCAAGGUCAUCGAAGGACCCUCCAACAGCAAACCUCGCUCGGUUCAGAGCGUGUUUGCGUCGUCCACACCGGUCGCGAAGCAGAAACGAACCCAAACCACUCGACGCGGUCAGCUGACGGAGCAGGACGCGGACCUUUCGGCGAUCGCCGAUGAGCCGGCAGAGCAACCCGUCGCACCAAGCCCACCCGUGGCCCUUUUUGACGACGUGGCGUCCACGACGCUCAGUGCGGUGAACCGCACCUACAGUCGCAUUCCCCGCCGGAACCACAAACGCAAGCGCAACGUAUACCUGGCCGACUUGGGGCUCAGUGACGACGACGAGGACGAGGAGGAGAACGAGGCGGAACAGCGGCACCACAAUGUAGACGAAUCGGAACCGGAAGGGGACGGCGGGGCAGCAGGCAAGCAGGCGAAAAAGAAGCGACGCGUUGCGGCGAGCAAGAAGAAGAAGAAUGGGGUUGAAGAGACCAACGAAUUCAAACAGUUUGUGAAUGAGUUCAACAGCAUGUGUGAAGAAGUAGAUCGAUACAAGCUGGUUAUUGAGAAGCCCGCCGGUGGAGCUAGGCAGCGCGUGUAAAGUGGAAUUUGCCCUUUUUUAGCCCUUUCUAUUAUACUAAGAAAGGGAACCUAAGAGCAAGUGUAAAGACAAACAGAGAGAGAGAGAGAGAGCAAGCAGUUUUUGAUCCAUUUAUAUUUUCUACAGCUAAACGUUUAGUCAAGUUAGUGUUAUGUGCUAACUCCCAGCUAUACACGACACGCAGUAGUAGGAGAUUAUUUUGUAAGUGUUUUAUCCUAGAAGGAGUUUUUUUUAGACAUGUUUUAUUUUAAUGCUAAUUUUUAAUCUGCAUUAUACGUCUCUUGAGUGAACUUUUUUUCCAUAAUAACUAUGAGUAAGCAUCUGUACUAUUUGCAAUCGGAA